GCCAGCCGUCGCCGGGAGGCAAGGCAUCGUAUAGCCCCUCCGCGCGGGACCUGCCGAAUUCUUUCGUGGCCAAUCCGCUGGCGAGCGCAGACCGCUCUUCCGAAAUGAAUUUUUAUCGCGCAAACAUAAACCUCUAUAAAACUAUGACACUCCGUUUCUGACCUUCGCCUUCCCCCCUUGCGCCCUGAACCGUCGUAGCCAUGGCCAUCCUUGGAACAAAUAACUUCGUCAUAUAUGUGAAUCGGCAUCCGCGUUAUGCGCUUUUCCUCGUAGUCUUCCUCGCACUCAGCACGCUCCUCCUCCUACCAUGGCACUCUGCAGCGCCUCUUUCAAUCAGUGCAUAUGUGGCCAACAAGUUCCGUGGGUCGAUGUCUCUCGAGGAGUUUAUCCGACAGGAAGAACUGCGCUAUGCAGAUGUCCUUGCAGAGCGGCAUGCUCUUAUUAAGCACCAUGGUCCAAGUCCGGAUGAGGUCGAUUCGUUUCCGCCGGGCGAUAUCUCCUACACGCUAUGGGACUUCUUUACCCCUGCGUUUAACUGCCCACACCGCGUGGAUCGCCUGGGUGCGCUGGGCGACGGCGGCAAGUGGGUAUGCGGUAUCGACGCGAUCGCACAGCAGCGGCACCCGUGUAUCGUGUACAGCUUCGGCAUCAACCACGACAGCUCUUGGGAGGCAGCACUGCUGCAACGCGCGCCACAUUGCGAGGUUUGGGGCUACGACUUCAGUGUGACGAUGUUCGGCCCCGUGGUACAGAACAACCCGGUGCUGGCGCCGAAGACGCACUUCUUCCCGUACAAGCUCGGCAUGCACGAUAAUCCGCACCAUAGCCCACCCGAGUACACCGUCCAGGGGCUCAUGCAUCAGAACGGGCACGAGUUCAUCGAUGUGCUUAAGAUUGACGUCGAGGGCUCCGAGUUCGACGGGCUCGCAGCGUUCCUCAAGCCCUUUAUCGGACCCGAUGCCCCGCCGUUGCCUAUCGGCCAGCUCGAGAUCGAGAUACACGCAUGGGGAGACCUUGGAAGCUUCGGAUAUUUCUACAGCUGGUGGUCCCUCUUCGAGCGAGCGGGCCUACGACCGUUUUGGACGGAACCGAACAUCGUGCAUGUCAGUCAUUUGCAGGCUAGGCCAGACGUAGUCGAGGUGUGCUUUUCGUUAACUUGCGACAUCCUGGCCGUUAAUCUCUUCCAGUACUCAUUGCUCAACGUCCGUGGUCAACAUGCUCUAAUCACCUCUGGCUGGUAGUCUUCAACGGUCGUUACUAGUAUAGUCGCGGAGAGCGCGCCGUCUUGAGUUUAUGGUGGUUAAUUUUGAGACUUGCUAUCGAUACGCUUUUAGGGAUAAUUGUGGUUUACAGUACCAUUUCAAUUAAAGUACGAUGCUUCU